GGCCCACUUCUCUCUUUUUUUCUCUCUCUCUCGUUUGUUCUUCAACCUCAAGAACACAUACAUACACAUACCCACACAAAAAAUGGAAAUAAGAAAAGAAAAAUGAUAUCUUCCUCAACUUUGAGUUUAUCUGGUGUCCCCCCACAAUCAACCUAAGCAAACGAGCUACCGUCCACCACAACCUGAUCAUCGUAAGCUCAAUAAAGGCAGCUCUCAGUUAAUCUGAUGGUAUCGAGCUCGCGUAAUCAGACCUGGAUUGAAACUAAAUCGACCGGUUCAAUGACUACUCCUGCAAAACUAGAUCGACCAGUUAAUUCGAACAUUGCUUGUUGGAUCGUGGUUGCCCGUUCCUCACUUACUUGUUCUCCGGGGUUUGAUGAGCGAGAUGGAGAAGGGUGUGAUUAUAAUGCAACAAAUAAGUGGUGGGUUUGGUGGGUUAUGGCGGCUGUUCUCACCAGACGAAGGGGAGGUUGGUUAAUAGCGAUGAAGGAUGUGAAUGGAAGUGUUGAAGGGUUAGUUGUAAUGGUUGACGAAGGAGGUUGAAAUGUGACUUCAAUCGUCACGUCAUCCAAGUUAUAUUAGAUGCUAAAUGCUCGACUUUAGUCACUAAUCCUAAUAUACAACCACUCACAAGUAUGAUCCCAAACUGACGAUGCUAAGGUUCACAAAUGAGAGAGAGAAACUCAUAAAUAAUAAGAUACUCAUUAGUCAUACAAUCUAUAUGUAAUUUUGGUAAAUGGUGCUCUUACUUUCUUUUCCCCUUUCAUAAAAAAUUACAUAAUUAAAUACUAGUAAACCAUUGAUAUGCACACAAGGUGUUUGCAUAAAUGCUCUAGUGACAUUUUGUCUUGUGAUUUUUGUUUCUUGUAAUUUUGCUUUCUGUGAUUUGGUAUUGUACAUUUGAAUGCUCUGUACA